GUCGGAGCUCCACAGGCGCUCCCACUUCCAACAAUUUCAUUCACUUUCUCUCUCUACCAAUUUGCAUUCUCUCUCAAACUUUUUGAUUCAAAUUCUUUACAUUUUCUCUCUCUAAACACUCUCUCUCCAACAUCUGUAUCAUCAACCACAAAUGGAACCAGCAAAGCGUAGCCGGAGAUUCUUCAAGUUCAGGUCCCUACCACUGUCUCAAUCCUUGUUCUAAAAUCUUUUUUUUUUUUUUUUCCUUCUAAAUUCCCGAUAUUAUCCCUAUAUUUUCCAAAACCCUCGACGAAUUUAAUUUUCCCAGGAAAGUCCAAUUUUCGAGAAAAAGAUAUCAACCUCUUAUAGGACCAACACGCCACUCUCAUUUUUCUGCUGUCAAAUCCAACCCCACAUUACUUUUACAUCAAAUGUUUGCCAAAAACUACGUCUUCUCACGCGCUGUUGUGGAGAUGGCUUGGAUUAUGCUAAGGAUUGACUACUCAAGACUCUUUUGGCUCCUCUUCGGCGUCUUCUCUUAUGAAAAUCACGAAGGAAAGCCUCGGAUUUAGAACCUAGUCUCUUUCUUUCAAAAUUCUAGAUAAAUACCUAAACUCUAUUUAUAAGUCAUAAUCUUUUUUGAUUGAUCAACUCAGCUCAGAUUUUCGGGUCACAAUUAACGUUUUUAGUAGCUCAAAUACUCGAACAUGUACAAGGGACGGGUAACCGAGCACACCAAUGAAGCACAGUCCGAUCAUGGAUAUGCUGAAACUGAUCCUUCUGGUCGCUAUGCUCGUUUUGACGAAGUUCUUGGGAAAGGUGCAAUGAAAACGGUAUACAGGGCGAUUGACGAGGUUCUUGGAAUGGAAGUGGCAUGGAGCCAGGUUAAACUCAAUGACUUGCUCAGGUCAGCGGAGGAUUUACAGCGGCUGUACUCGGAGGUUCACCUCCUCAGCACCCUCAAUCAUGGCUCGAUCAUCAAAUUCUACACGUCUUGGAUCGAUGUUGAUCGAAGAACGUUCAAUUUCAUCACCGAGAUGUUCACCUCUGGCACCCUCAGAGAAUACAGGAAGAAAUAUAAGCGAGUGGACAUUCGAGCCAUUAAGGUUUGGGCCCGCCAGAUCCUAGCUGGCCUUAUUUAUCUGCAUGACCAUGAUCCCCCAGUUAUCCAUAGAGACCUCAAGUGUGACAACAUCUUUGUCAACGGUCAUCUUGGACAAGUGAAGAUUGGUGAUCUAGGCCUUGCAGCAAUUCUUCGCGGUUCCCGAACAGCGCACAGUGUUAUUGGCACACCAGAGUUCAUGGCGCCAGAACUAUACGAGGAAAGUUACAAUGAACUGGUGGAUGUCUACUCAUUUGGGAUGUGUGUUCUAGAGAUGCUUACUUCGGACUACCCCUACAGCGAAUGCACCAACCCAGCACAAAUUUACAAGAAAGUGACAUUGGGAAAGCUACCAAGAGCAUUCUACAAAAUUCAGGACUUAGAUGCACAGCGAUUCAUAGGACAAUGCUUAGCAACUGCUUCAAAAAGAUUAUCAGCAAAAGAACUAUUGCUUGACCCUUUUCUUGCAUGUGGCGAAGACGAACUGUUGUAUGUAACAAAGCUUGAAAGUCCGAAGCCAUUUCUGAAUGAUAACUUGGGGCUUGAGGAACUGCAAUUGAGUGAAGAUCCACCCCGGACCAACAUGACCAUAACAGGGAAGUUGAAUCCUGAAGAUGACACCAUCUUUCUUAAAGUGCAGAUUGCUGAUAAAAAAGGUUCUGUUAGACAUGUAUACUUUCCAUUUGACAUUUUAAAUGACACUUCAACGGAUGUUGCAACUGAAAUGGUGAAGGAGUUGGAGAUCAUUGAUUGGGAACCAUUUGAAAUAGCUGAUAUGAUUGAUGGAGAACUAUCUGCUUUGGUACCGGAUUGGAAGAAAUGGGCCCAGCCUCAAUCAGAUGGUCACUGCAAUAUACUUAAUUACCAAGAGAAUGACGACGGGCACCACCAUCCUUUCUACUCUUACUCUUCUUGUUCAUCGUCCCAAGUGUCGCACUCAGGCUUGAUCACUUCUCAUGGGGCUGAUGGAAGGACUCGCAGUUGUGAUUGGCUCCAAGAUGACUUGUUUGAUGAUACAAGCUCUGAAAGCUCUUUGCAGUCUGGAAAAUAUUCCAACAUGAAUUACUAUUCUGGCGAGGAACACGGUUUGAUUACGAGCCCUGCAAGGAAAAAUCAGCAUCCUACCGUAAACGCCCACAACGCUACUCGGUUCUGUGCUGAGGAAAAUUGUAGCACCAGGGUGGCUAGAAAUUGUUACAAGCAAAGCAAGGUUUUAUUAGAUUCACAAAGACCUUCUACUUCUAAAGAGAAUUGGAUGAUGGAUAGCUAUAGAUUGACAAGGAACCGGUCCUUGGUGGAUAUGCGUAGCCAGUUGCUGCACCGGUCAUUGGUGGAAGAGUUGAAUAAGAGACGGUUGUUCAAGACUGUUGGGGCCGUGGAAAAUAUCGGGUUUCAGACACCUUGUGAUGUCUCCAGCAAGGCAUCACGGUUAGUUGGAGGUGCCUAUUCUGUGAGAACUAGAGGUGAUGGCGGUACGAGGCAAGGGCAUAGAGGAAAAAGAGUUUAGUUCUCAGCUCUCAUGAAACUGAAAGGAUGGAUACUUCUUCGAAGAUAUACUAAUAAAGGUGGUAAAUAUACAUGUGCGUGUCUUAUGCGUGAGACUAAAUAUGCUUGUACAGAACUCUUGGUUUGUUAAUGUGAGAGAUGAUGUUUCCCCUUUA